GUAAUUGCAAAAAAUUCUGUUGUUUUUGCGUGAAAUUCUUUGGCUUCGCAGAAUACAAACGAAGCGGCCAGCAUCAACGAACAGCGUUGCAGCGGCAGCAGCGACUCACAAUCGUAUUUGUGAAUUCGAGGCAAUUGGAAGUGAAUUUAACGGCAGCGCAUAGUAGCUUUGCGCGCUAACUGAAAGCGUCAGUCAGAAUUUAACGGUACGCGACAACGGUAGCAAUUUGUUUUGUUUCGUUUUUUUUUUUCUCUAAUGUAUCGGCGACGGAAGUCGGAAGUUGUAAAAACAAAAUUAUGAAAGAAUGUUGUGCCCGAAAGGGGAAGAGCGAGUGAACUUAAUUAACUAAUAACUGUUAAACGGAGAUUGUGUGUGAGCGGGACUACUAGUGAUUUGAACUGGCGAGAGAAUUGCGUUUUGAAAUUAUGUAGUGAAAGACAGGCUUCAUAAAGUGUGUGAAAUUAAAGUGAAAUAAAAAAGUAAGCCCGACAUUCGCCUUCACAACUGAUGCUGCAAGCGCUAUAAGCAAGCGUGAAAAAAUAACAGUAAUUAAAAGAAAUAACAAUUUAUCAAGCAACAAAUACAAAUAGACAACAUAUUUAUGUGUGAGAAAUAGCAUAUAAACCGGGAAGCUGAAAAACAGCUUAAAUAGCAAAAAAUAAAUAAAAAAUAAUUUUAUCAAAAAAUUAAAAAAAAAUUACUUUAAAAAAUAUAAAAUACAAUUUCAUUGCGAAAUCGCAUGAUUAAAACCCUUUACAAACCGUAAAAAGUGACAGUGAUUGUGACAAGUGACGUAACCGUACGCCAAUAUUAAUAAACACGAAAAAUAUUUUCGCUUUUCACUUGCAAUUGAGAACAAAGCGCUUGAUUCAAAUAAAAACAAGAAAAAAAAAUUAAAAGUAAAAAAACCGCAGUAAUUUUAAAGGCAGACACAUUCAGCAAAAAUAAAAACCAGAAAAAACUGCAAAAAAAUCUCAGUAAAAUAUAUAACAGAGGGACACCAUGUUGCCACAACAAUAUUGCCUGCGAUGGAAAUACCAUCACAGUAAUCUGCAGACAAUGUUCUCACAACUGUUGGACCGUGGCUGCUUCUGCGAUGUGACGCUCGCUUGUGAGGGCCAACUGAUACGCGCACAUCGCGUCGUCUUGUGCGCCUGCAGCAGUUUCUUCGACACAGUGCUCACCAAUUAUGCCAGUGAACGCGAUCCGAUUAUCAUAAUGAAGGACGUCACAUUCGCCGAUGUCAAGUGCUUAAUUGAAUUUAUGUAUAAAGGCGAAAUCAAUGUGGAACACGCAAAUUUGGCCUCACUCUUAAAGACUGCAGAUGAUCUCAAAAUCAAAGGUUUGGCGGAGGUUUCGUGGCGCGAUGACGAGGACGGUCCACCACUGCCCAGCGCUGCGACCGAGUUUCACUCACCCACAGCCACACACGGAAAUGAUAUGUACAAUAUGCGUCCAGAGCAACAACGCGCUGGCUCACCGAGUUUCAUGCCACCGCAGCGAUUGUCGCGCGAACGCAAGCUCUCCUCAUCGAAGGAGACGGCGCAUGCGCAUCAUGGCUUACCGACCUUGACGCCCAUACCGCCAACGAGCAGCGCUUCGAUGGUUGCCGUGGCGGCCGCCGCUGCUGCUGCAGCUGCUGUGGCUUCGGCUGCUUCGCCGGUUGAAAGUUAUUUGGGGCCGAAACGCAAACGCGGACGUCCGCCACUAGAUGACGCCUAUGACGUCUUCAAUGUCAGAAAACUCGCACAGUAUGGCAGCCAUUUGGACGCGCAUCAUCAUCAUCAAGCAUACUUAGAGGCGCAGCGCCAGUAUGACGAGCAGCGUCGCCUUGCUGUCAUCUCACCGAUACCGCAGCACUCGUCAACCUCUGUCGCCGCAGCAGCCGCUUAUCACCAACACAUCCAGCAACAACAACAUAAUAAGCGCAUGCGUCAACUGCAGCGGCAGCAGCAACAACACCAGCAGCAGCAGUUGCACCAACAGGAUGAAAUGGAACACGACGAUGCACAAGCAGACCCCGAAUGGAUUACCAGUAAUUUGGAAGUGAAUGUGGGUGGCGGUGGCGACAAUGAGCCAGCCAUUGAGUGUGACACUGAAGUCGCCACAAUGAAGGAACAAAAGUCGGAUAUGGUAGAUGACAAAGAAGCCAACCGUACGGCGAAGCUUGAUGCGAGGAAGCGUAAGGAACGUCAUUCGGAGGAACAUGAAAAGUUGCAUGCACGUGAACGCUCACUAACGCGUAAGCGUUUAAGCGCCGAGGAGCGCGAUGACAACAGCACAAACAAUGAAGAGCGCGAACGCGAAGAGCGUUCAGCACAAAAUGAGACAACUGAACAAAUCCAUGACCAUAAGACCGCCAAUGUGGAUGAGGAGGAUGAAGAAAAGAACAAAGCUAUUGCGUCGGUGCCACAGCCGGUGGAAGAAAUGGAAAACGUGCGACAAUCUAAGGACAAGUCCAGCAACUCUACAUCUAAUACUACAAAUUCCGGCACGCAUAAGCGUGGAAAUAUUAGCAGUGAUCCCAGUGCACCAUUACCAUUGCCGCCGCCUCCAUCGCUACACCAUCCCGCCUAUGGCAAAUAUCCGCCUGAGGGUUAUCUGUUGAAUGAACAUGGCAUAUUGAUGACGCACGAUUUCGUACAUGCGCCGACCGCCUCCAUACCGUCGACAGGUGCAACGGCGAGUUCUUCAAGCGGCACAGUAGUCGGAGCUGCCGGCGCUGCCAAUGGCAAUGAUCAGGAUUAUGUGGACAUAAAGAUGGAAGAGUAUGACGGCACUGAUUUGCGUUUGACCACCGAGGAGAUAUCUGAAUGGCAAGAUGUGAUCAAAAUGGACGAUUACUUGGCUAAAGGACGACGACCGCAAUUCUGGGAGGAACCGUUCACACGACGUGUUUUGGAUGCUAUAAAGAACAAAAGAUUGGAGAUGAAGAAAGCUGCGCGUAUUUUGGGUGUCUCCUAUGGCACUUUAUAUGGACGUUAUCGCGAGGUCUACGGCUGUUUGAAGCACCCUUAUAGCUCCAGUUUUCGCCCAUCACAAUCAAAUCAGUUAGCAGUACAACCGCGUUUUGACAUGGUCUGGCCUUCUCCGAAGCGUGACAGUGGUCUAAUGCCCGGUCCAAUGGGUAGAAAUCGGUAAAAUACGUCCGAAAGAUUUGAGUGAGCUAUGGGCGCGGCCACAGAUUUGAAGAAAACCGCCACAAAAGAAAUCAAAAUGUAAAUAAAUUUGCUGUUUAGUUUAAUAAGCCCAAACGUAUCACCCUAUGAUUAGAAAGUGUUACUAGUACUACUUUUAAUUUAUUUAUAAGUUUUGUAUUACUUUCAAUUUUAUACAUUUAAAAUGUAAAGACACGAUAUAUAUUAUUUAAGAAAAUUAACAUAAAUUUGUAUUAUGACACGGAGAAAAGACAUUGAAAAGACAAUUUAAAAACUCUUUAGUUUUAGUGUGAGGUUAGCUGUAGUUAUUUUCAAAUGACACAACAAUUACACAUACAUAGUUGUAUGUGCACUAAAAGUGUUUAAUUAUUUAGUUCCAUUGAGUAUUAAAAUAAUAUCAGCGCAUUAGCAAAUCCUUAAAUCAAUUGCCUAUGCAAUUAGUAAAUUAGAAUUACUCAUUUGUUUUUCUAUAUAUUUUUCGUAGUUAAAUAAUUCUAUAAAUAUGUACUGUUAAGCUACAAACAAUAAAAUAUACUUAUUUAGAUAUUUUCUGUAAAUAUUUUAACUAUUUUUCGCUAUACUUGUAAACUUCCAGAAGUGCAUACAAUAAAACUAGUUGGCUAAGUGUGUGUGUUAGUAUGCUAAUAUGAUUACAUAAUAAAAAAAUAUAUUUAAUUUCUAUCAAA